GGGAAAGGCAAAAAAAAAAAAAAAAGAGCUGUGAAAAGGAGCGGAAGUGGGAGGCGACGUCGCCGGCGGCCGGCGACGGCGGGGAUGAAUCGGAAGGAGGCGGGGCCGGACGGAGGGGAUGGGUCAUCUCGGUCGUCUGCGGAGGAGGGAGGCAGCGGCAGUGGCCGGGAGCUGGCGGAGGCCCUGGCGCGGCGGCGUUUGUACCGGGAGGUGACGCUGGCGCUGCGAACGGGGCUGCGCGACGCCAAGGCGGACUUCUCCUUCCUCCGCGCGCGGGGCCUCCGCAGCCUCCUCGGCUUCCUCCGCUCCACAGCCUCCGCGACCGACGACGCGCCGCUGCUCCUCUUCCGCCACUCCCAGUCCAUCCCCGAUCUCCAAGUUAUUCCUGUUCUCUUUCAGAAUUCAUUGCAUCAACCAAAGGAAGAUCCUGUUGUGACACUGGAUCAUAUAUUUGGGACCGAACCAAUGAAAAUUACAAGCCCCCCAACAGAUUCCGAAAUUGCCCUUGCUCUUAGAGUUUUGGAAGGUUGUUGCCUUUUAUAUAGCCGAUGCACAGCUCUGGCCCACAAAUACAAGGCUGUGAAGGUGCUCUUGAAUAUUUUAGCCAGCCGAGGUCCAACAGAGCAAGGAGUGUGCUUGGACACGCUGAUAUCGCUUAUGUUGGACUCUCCCUCCAAUCAGAUGGAUUUUGAUGAAUACAGUGGACUUGAAAAGGUUGCUGAACUUUUAAAGGAUGUGCAAGUGGAAGAGCAUAUAAGAUUGAAAUGCGGGGAGUUUCUGUUGUUGCUCAUUGGACAUGUUUAUGCGAAAGAAAACUCCCCCAUACUUGAACAAAUGAGAAAUCUAUUUGGUGAGCAGUGUGCAUCACUUAUAUGGGCAGCAAGCCGGUUUGGCUCCACCCUCGACGCAGAGCAAAGACAGACGACCUUGCAAAUACAAGCAAGGAGAGUUGUUGAAUCCUUGGAGCCCUACUGAACAAGUGUCUUAGUGUGUUCCUGACGAUGAUUUGACAUCUCUAUUCUCAGCUGCAUGCUCCGUUUUGCUCAUGGCAAGCUUGUUAUAUAUUUUUUUCUGUGUAGAGCCAUUCUUACGCUGCUGUUUGUAUAAGCUUUGUUGAAAGGAUUGUAUUAGUUCCAUUUGAGGACCAUGAACUAGGGAAAAACUGGGAAGAGCAUGGACGACAAGAUAUUGAUACAUGGGGCUUCCAGAUUUCCAAAAUCAUUUGGUAGAUAUGAACAGCUGUACCUGUGAUUCAAAUAAAAGUGCUUAACACGAAGUACCAUUGAAUGUUA